GAACCCAGCCGAUACCAUGUAGUGAGACCCUCGCGAGGUCUGAGAGUUAUUGGGGCUGCCGUAACCACCAUGGGGCCCUGGGGAGAGCCAGAGCUCCUGGUGUGGCGCCCAGAAGCGGUAGUUUCGGAGUCCCCAGUGCCUGUGGGGCUGGAGGUGAAGUUGGGGGCCCUGGUGCUGCUGCUGGUGUUCACCCUCCUCUGCAGUCUGGUGCCCAUCUGUGUGCUGCGCCGGCCUGGAGCUAACCAUGAAUCUUCUGCUUCCCGCCGGAAAGCCUUGAGCCUAGUAAGCUGCUUUGCAGGGGGUGUCUUUUUGGCCACCUGUCUCCUGGACCUGCUGCCGGACUACCUGGCUGCCAUAGAUGAGGCUCUGGCAGCCCUGCACGUGACGCUCCAGUUCCCCCUGCAAGAAUUCAUCCUGGCCAUGGGCUUCUUCCUAGUCCUGGUGAUGGAGCAGAUCACACUGGCUUACAAGGAGCAAUCAGUGCUACCACCUCGAGAGGAGACAAGGGCUCUGCUGGGAACAGUGAAUGGUGGGCCGCAGCAUUGGCAUGACAGGCCAGGGGUCCCACAGGCAAUUGGAGCCCCAGCAGCUCCCUCGGCCCUGCGUGCCUGUGUACUGGUCUUCUCCUUGGCCCUACACUCAGUGUUUGAGGGGCUGGCAGUGGGGCUGCAGCGAGACCGGGCUCGGGCCAUGGAGCUGUGCCUGGCUUUGCUGCUCCACAAGGGUAUCCUGGCUGUCAGCCUGUCCCUGAGGCUGCUGCAGAGCCAUCUGCGGGCGCAGGUGGUGGCUGGCUGUGGGAUCCUCUUCUCAUGCAUGACACCUCUGGGCAUUGGUCUUGGAGCAGCUCUGGCAGAGUCAGCUGGGCCUCUGCACCAGCUGGCCCAGUCUGUGCUGGAGGGCAUGGCAGCUGGCACCUUCCUCUAUAUCACCUUCCUGGAAAUCCUGCCCCAUGAGUUGGCCACUUCAGAGCAGAGGAUCCUCAAGGUUAUUCUGCUUCUAGCAGGCUUUGCCCUGCUCACUGGCCUGCUCUUCAUCCAAAUUUAGGGGGUUUCAAGAGAGGGGCAGGGGAGAUUGACUAUCAGGUGCUCCUGCCCUUCCUCCCCUCCGCCAAAGUGUGGGGAACAAGAAGUGUGGGGAAGGGAGGUACUGAGGACCAAAGAGUUCUCUGGGAGAUAGGGAUGGAGCCUUUGGGACUAUCCGACCAAUGAGAGAGGCAAGAGCUUGGCCCCAGGCCCAAGGAACAAGAGAUGGUCAAGUCACUAGAGACUUGAUCAGGGGACAUUAGGAUUGUGGAAGACACUGACUGCUAGAAGCAGAGGUCAGACACCACACAUAGGGACAAGUUAACACUGGGGACGCUGGAGGUGGGCACCCAGCUGCUGUGGGAUAAAGGUAUGGAGAGGGCAUAAGUCCAGAGUCCGUGUCCUGUUGAUUCUAGCCCAUUUCCAUACUCUUCCACAUGGAAUGGACCCCUCCUACUUUUCUUAGCUCCUAUUUUCUUAUCUUCCUCUUCCUUUCUCCCAGGAUACUGGUGCCAAAUGGUCUCUCCCUGCCAGUUUUGGUAACUUCUCUGGCCCCUCCAGCCCUGCUCACUCUAUUUUUAAAGUGCCAAACAAAUCCCCUCUCUCUUUCUCAAAAAGCACAGUGAUCUGGCACUGAGCCCUGCCCAGCACCUCAGUGGAGGGGGCCUGCUUGCUCUUUAUUUUGAUCCCAGAUCCUGGGGUGGGGCAGAAAUGUUUGCUGGGCUGGGGUGGGGGGAGGAUUGGAGACCUGCGGCCACCCACCGCAGCUGCACCCUAGGAAUACAGAACAUGGACAUGGUGCCCCAUGCCCAGAUGAUAAACACUGAGCUGCCAAACCUUUUUUUAUAUAUAUACCCGAGGAGCCCGAGGGGGAAUGGGAAUACCCACCUCCAGGGUUAUUUUGGGGAAGGGAAGGCUGUGCAUAGGGCCAUAUUCUCUACAAUCUAUUUUACUAACUGACCUGUUUUGGGACGUGUUACCCAAAUAAAAGAUGUUUCUGUACAUC